ACCAUAAACGUGUCGUAUAAUUAAACUAUGCGGUGUCGCCAAAAGCUGAACCGCCCUUGUCGAGAACUUUCGCUUUCGUAGUGUGUUUCACCUCGUUUGUCGAUCCUGUAACCGUGGCAUGCACACCGUCUAUCAUUUUCACUUUUCGGUCUAGCUCCAGCGUCUCGAUGUGCGUAUCACUUUGGACACCGACAGGAGAUACAUCGAAUAUCUUUAAGUUCGUCUGCGUCCCUGCUCUCCUGGAAUAGACAGGAACGCGACUGUAGGUAACUGGCCCAUGCUCCAGGGGUCGUUUGUUGAACCAGCAGUUUCUCUGUGUUACUUCAGCGCAGCUGUUUGAGUCCUCAAAAUGGCUGACGUCGCUUCAGCCGCAUUAAUGGAUGAUUUCCUACAAGUUCUGAAUAAAGAGUUCGGUCUGCAGCCGGUCGUGAGCACGUUGGCUCUUGCCGAAAAUUCGGAGUAUGGGGGCAAAUUCGGUGCCCACGAGAAGAUCGUCGGACUCGUGAAGUCCCUGCAGGCAAACGAAUAUGUCCUGGGAGAGCAGGUGGAGAAGACAGUGUGGAGUCUGACCGAAGAAGGCCAAUUGUAUGCCAAGGAAGGAUCUCCUGAGUUUCGCCUUGUGGCAUGGCUGCAACAACGUGGAAAUGAAGAGGCCUCUCUUGACGUGGCUGCCAUUAAGGCAGGUUUCGGUUCCGAGGCGGAUGUAGCCGUGAGCAAUGCGAUGAAGAUGCAGUGGCUGCGAAUCGACAAGGCAACAAAACUGCUACACAUCAACAAAGUUCCUGAGUCCGACAACGUCAAGACGUUGCUAGAUGUCAUCCAAGGACAACGUGAUGGAAAUCAAGACGACGCGGCAGCUCUGUUCAAGCAGCUCUCCGAGCUUACUGCUACCGCUUCUCCGGAGAAAGCUCUCCAGGACUUGAAAAAACGGAAACUGGUGGAGCUCCGAAAGGUGAAAUACCUCAAGCUCCAGAAAGGUCCCAAGUUCUCUCUGCAUCUGAUGAAACCGGUGGCGGACCUGACCGCAGAACUCCUUAUAGGCGAUGCGUGGGAAAAGUCAAAUUUCAAGGAGUACAACUUCUUCGCAGCAGGAAAGAGAAUCCGGCGCGGCGCGGUUCACCCGUUGAUGCAAGUCAUGAAACAGUUCAAGCAAAUUCUGUACUGCAUGGGUUUCGAGGAGAUGCCGACAAAUCAGUAUGUGGAGUCGUCUUUCUGGUGCUUCGACUCGCUCUUCAUGCCUCAACAGCAUCCGGCUCGGGAUGUGCAAGACACCUUCUUUCUCCAGGCUCCCAAAUCCAGUGAUGCGACAAAGAUACCACAAGCAUACUUCAACAGCGUUAAAAACAUCCAUGAACGUGGUGGACACGGAUCUAUCGGAUGGCAGUACGAAUGGUCGGAGGAAGAGUCCAUGGGAAACAUUCUCCGGACACACACAACCGCGUCGUCUGCGCGCAUGUUAUACGGACUCGCCCAAGAGUAUAAAAAGACUGGUGUCUUCCGCCCGCGGAAGUUCUUCUCUAUAGAUCGAGUGUUUCGAAAUGAAACCCUAGACGCCACCCAUCUUGCUGAAUUUCACCAGGUGGAAGGACUCGUCGCCGACCGCGGCUUGACUAUUGGCCACCUUAUGGGGGUGAUGGAAACUUUCUACAAGCAGAUUGGCAUCGAACAACUCAAGUUCAAGCCCGCAUACAAUCCCUACACAGAACCGUCAAUGGAGAUUUUCGGGUACCAUGCAGGACUCAAGAGGUGGAUUGAAGUCGGCAAUAGUGGUAUUUUCCGACCGGAGAUGCUACUACCAAUGGGCCUUCCGGAGGACGUGACAGUCAUUGCCUGGGGACUAAGCUUGGAACGGCCUACAAUGAUUCGAUACGGAAUAUCCAACAUUAGACAGCUCUUUGGUCACCGAGCUCUGUUAGGUAUGGCGUGAAGCGAGUUCGGCGCCCAAGUGUGGUCGCACCUGCCUCGCUUAUUGAGAUAAAUUUUGCCAGUCGUAAUUGCGCAUGGACGACCCUGAACAACCAACAAGCAAUUCAGCAGUCUACUAGCAAAGUUGCUUCUGACCAAGUUGACACGGACAGACGUUCAGAGAGUCGCUGGCGUGAAACUUCCAUACGGUCCGUUCUCAAUCUCAACCCAGGUGAUGUUGACCCAGUGGAUUUAAAACUCUGACUAUUAUAAGCAGUGCAUAACUGUGUACACCCAACAAAGUAAACAUAGGUCCUGUAAACCUGAGAGAACUCGAGAGGACUGCGGUCGUGAAACGCAUGUGCAACAUGAAUCUCUUGUCGCAUAGUGAUGCCGGCGGAGAGGCGACUUGCUUUCGAUGACGUCUGCAGCGGUCCCGUGCACAGACGUCUACAAACUUAUCCUUGAAGCCGU